AUGUGCCAACUGCGCGGUGGACAACAUUCCCUGCGAGAUGAAGACCCGAACACGGAUAUACUGCCUGCCAUAUCUGAUCCAGGGACGCAAGAGAAUCCUAUGUCCUUAGAACAAACUCCUCCAGCAACACGACUCUGCACUUCACAAAGCGAGAGCCCCCACUGGGAUACAUCUGGUCUAGCGAAAGACUGCGAACCAUCUCGUUGGGGCUCGAUGACUGAUGCCGUUCAUUUAUCGCCGGACCACUCCCAGCAAGCCCAUAAUGCUUCAUCUGCCACUUCUAGCCGAGACACUAUUGUUGUUGGACACAAUACCGAUGAAAGCGAUAUAGGUGUAGCAUUUGACGCAGAAGCUGAUGUACCAAGACAAAACGACCACCAAGAUGAAGUAGAAACACCCCCGAUUGCAAAUGCCACAUCAGCAUGGGCUGAGACUCUUGAAGAGCAUGAGAGUGAUGGUAAUCGAGUGCCUUUCUAUCCAGGUGAUAGAAGAGGACCGGCUUUCGUGAUAGAUAUCUGCAAACCCCAAAGAUCAACUGACAGCAAUCACUCUUUUGUUGCUAUGCCUUCUUUAGAGUCCCUCCAACCAGAGGAAAUCGAGUAUCUUCGAUGGAAAGGUUGCUUUUCAUUGCCUCCGCGUCCACUUCAAGAAGCCCUCAUCAAAGCGUAUUUCCAUCAUGCUCAUUCUUUUGAGCCAGUCCUGGAUCCUCAAGACUUUUUCUGUGCAUAUAGUAAAGGUCAACUUAGUUUACUACUUCUCUGGUCGGUCUUUAUGUGCGCUGCAACUUUUGUUGAAGAUAGUCUGUUCUUCGUGAACCUCUUCGAAUCUCCACUUACUUUUAAACGACACGCCUUCCAGCGUGCAAAGACACUGUACGACGCAGAUUAUGAGAAAAACAAAGUUACGUUGAUCCAGUCCGUGUUUCUUAUGGGACACUUCUACGCAGACGCCGAAGAUCGUCUGGGCCCUUGGCACUGGAACGGCAUUGCUAUUAGCCUAUCUCAUACCAUCGGUAUUCACAUGCUGACAUCUCCCGCACGAAACGGCAUUCGACCUUUAUGGCGUCGUAUCUGGUGGUGUAUUUACUACCGCGAAGUAUGGCUGUCAAUGGGCCAAGGUCGACCAAUGAGGAUAUCUCUGGAUCAUUGCUCAACUCCAAUGCCGGGAUUAUACGAUACGAGUCCCAGCUGCUCGCCAGAGUACCAACACUACGCACCCGAGGAGCUCGGCAUACUCUUUGGGAUAUGGCUAAAGUUGAUCGAGGUAACACGCAUCAUGGGAAGAAUAUUAUCACUUAACUAUACCAUAAAGGGAGCAAGGCCUUCCAGGGCCAUCAUCGAAAGAGACGAAAAUGAGAUUCGAGCCAACUGGAUUCAUGAUGGGAACAACGAUCAGAGUCCAGUGCUGGCUUCUCAUGUAUAUCAAUAUCGACUUCACACUCAGCCAUUUCUCCACGAAGCACCAGACGGAGUUCCAGAUGAUGAGCAGGACGGUUGGAAAGAGUUUGCAAAUAGCAAGCUUCGGACUGCAGCCGCUCAUGCGACUCAUGCCAUCAAUUGUAUGAUGGCAGAAGAUCUGAUUAAGUUCUCCCAAACGAUUGCUGUGCUCACGAUUAGCCCGCCAAUCCAGAUCCAUCUGCUGGAGAUGGCAUCAUCCAAGUCGUUGUCCAACAAACUGGCAAAGCACAACUUGGCCCUGUGCUUGCUGGCUCUGGAUGAGAUGCGGAAGUCUUAUGUCUCGGCAGACGCAGCGUAUAAGCUAUUCGACCGCGCCAGGAUCAUGGUGGAGAAAUCGCUUGGAGAAGAUGCAGUGGUUUCGCGAGAUCUCGUAGCCGCAGCCAACUCGUCACGAGAAGCUCAGGGGAUUGAGACUUCUGAAUGGCUCGAUGACUCUACGCCUGUGGGCCAUGAAUUUGCAUCGGUGGGCUUGUUUUCUGCCCUAUGGAUGCCAUUUGCAAACCUCAUACCAGACGAGUCUCUAGAAAGUUCAUUCUAG